UUUUACUUCUACUUUUGUUUUGUGGAAGUUGGUCAAUUCCAGGAAGUUUCUGAUAAGAAAUCAACCAACAAACAGUGGGCCAGUGGCUGAGUGGGUCUAUUAACUAUAGGCCUAAAUCUAAAAAUAAAUCUUACAACGCACAUACAGACACAUCGGUAGCACUAGGAUGAGCCACAACAAUGUCAGAGAAAAGAAAAAAUGUCUGGCCAGGUAAACAAGGGGGCUCCAGGUCUUACAAAGUUUCCAACAGCCAGUUUGCUUACAGCCACCAGGGUCCUGCUCAGAUCAAUGCCCACACAAGCACAAGUCUCUAUGACUGUGCUUCAAGUACCAGAGUUCAUGAUGAUGAUGAUGAGGGGUGCAGGGCAGCAGAGAGGCGUGAGGUCUACCAAGGCACCUCCACCAGCUUACACAGAAACCACAUUGACCCAAGAUAUCAGCCCAGCGCCUGUAACAUGAGACCAAGGUCAAGGAUGCAAUCUUUAGGCAGCGUUGACAGUUUAGAGUCUGCCAGUAGCUCACCAGGUGAUGAUCACAUUAGAAGUAACAACAGGGAGAAUAACGCUGCUCACAGAAAAGGAUUUGGCAGACCACAGAGCUCCAGAACUCCAAACUCUUCCAUCAGCUACACACCACAGCUUCGGCCCUGUGAGGGUGCUCAGUGGGAUCCUACUCCACCCAACCCCAGGACAAGACAUGCACAGCACACUAACCCUAGUGGGGGUGCUCACUGGGAGGAAAUCUAUGACAGGAAUCAGAACCAAUUCCCUGCAGAUUCUCACAGAAGUGCACACAGCUAUACUAGUCAUAAGCCCAACAGAAGCUCUGGCUACAACAAAACUUACACAAACCAUAAUUUAGUGGAAGUCAAGUCUAGAUAUCCUCGGCAAGUAGACACUGUAUGUCAUGUUAGACCAGCAUCAAGAUCAAACUAUACAAUCAGCAUGGAGAGUUUAAACUCUGUGGGUGGCUCUCAAGGUCAUGCUGGAGAUGAUUUCAGGACAGGGGACACAACUCCAGCUGCUGACAAAACAGCUGUUAACAAAAAUAAAGUUAGAAACAGGAGAAAAAAUAAGAAAUUACAGAAAAGAGACAGACCAUUCAAAACUAUUGCUAGCAUUGAAAUCAUGAAGCAGUUUUCUAAUGAGAAGAAUUUAAAAGAAAUAAUUAAUCAACAUAUAAAUACAUCAGAAAAGUGCAUGGUUACUUUGAAUGAAGCAUCUGUUGUUUGUGGGAAAAAUAAAGGCCAGUUCAUAUUGGUUGUUAAUGCAAAUAAAUUAAUGGCUGAGAAAGUAGUUAAAGAGUUCAGCCAAAAUGUAAAAAUGGCCUUGAAUGUUCCAGUCAGUUUUGAGAUAGCAAACAGCCCAGACCAGGAGGAAGAAGAUAACGAGACGUUCAAACAAACCAACAUUCAGGACGGUGAAAGAAAAGAACCAAGGGCCUGGUCUAAUCCAGAACAAGACUUUUUAAAACCAAAAAGAAAAGUUGAGACAUCUGUAAAAAAAUAUGGUGCCCAAAGUAAAAUGGCUGAAAAUGUUAAUUCAUCAAAUUUGGUUAAAACUGAAGAAACUUCAAGUCCUCGGCCCACAAAAGUCUCAGUUUCUGUUGGGAAAAGUUUCUCUAGUAAAACUGAAGCCAGAGAUUUUUUCCAAAAUUAUCUGUACCAUCAGGUCAGUAUGGAUAAUUUGUCCGAGGUUCAGCUACUGGAUUCUCGUACAAUUUUUGAAAUGUUUUGUCCAAGCAAAUCUGCUGCCUCCAGGCUUGUCAAGAAACUGAACAGGGUAAGACUAGAAGGAAUCUCUGUGCGACCUUUGAUAGCUGACACAGCUGUAGGCAAGAAUCCCCCACUGAAGAGCGAACACCUCAGAACUCAGGUUGAUGCUACUGUUUGUGAAAUUGAUAGAAAGAUGGUCUCUAGCAUGGAGAAACAUAAAGUAAAGAUAAGAUAUUAUGAAGAAGCACUUAAAAAACAUGAAGAAAAGAAUCGUUCUAAUGAAGAGUCUAUUAAAAGAUUAGAUUCACCUGCUUUUGUUGAGGAAAGCGAAGAUGAUGUUGACAACAGUGAAGAGCUGGCCCUAAGAGAUAAAUUAGUUGAGUUAACUAAACAGCUGAAAGUUUUUGAAGAUGAUUGUAAUGAACUAAAAGAAAGAGUGAAACAGCUGAAUCUAUUGACAGCUUCAAUGACAGAUUUGAACAAUGUCCUUGAGACAGUGGGAGUGGAGUGUCAACGACUUAGCACAGCUUUACCCAUUUACGCCAGGAGAAAGGACAUUGUAGAACAUGUGAAGGCAAACCAAGUCUCUGUCAUACUGGGUGAGACAGGCUCAGGAAAAAGUACCCAGAUAGCCCAGUACCUGUACGAGGCUGGUCUAGCAGGAAGUGGUGCUAUCAUCUGCACACAGCCUCGUAAAGUGGCGGCCAUAACUCUUGCUGAACGUGUGGCGAAGGAGAUGGUGAAAAAAGUUGGGGGUCUUGUUGGCUACAAAACUGGAAUUAAAAAAACGGUCUCACAAAUGACCAAAAUAAUUUUCUCAACUGACCACUGUUUGCUAAAUGAGUGCCUGAAAGAUGCAGAGCUCACUGAGUACUCUUGCAUCAUUGUGGAUGAAGCACACGAGCGCAGUAUUUACACUGACCUUCUACUGGGCAUGAUCAAAGCUUGUUUACCCAAAAGACCUGAUUUGAAAGUGGUCAUUACAUCAGCCACUAUAGAACCAGAACUUUUUAUCAGGUACUUCCAAUGUGGUCCAGAGUUGAGAGUUUCAGGAAGGACAUUUCCAGUAGAUGUCUUGUAUGAGAUGGACAACACAAAUGAGUUUGAAGAUUAUGAAAAGAAAGCGGUUGCUAAAGUAGUACAUGUCCACAAGAAUGAAGGUCCUGGUGAUAUUCUUGUUUUUCUCACUUCCCCUGUUGAAAUCAUGAGAUGCUGUGAAGAGUUAGUCAAACAGUUAGCAGCAUGUGCCAAAGAAAGACAGCUAGCAGACUUCAAAUGUUUUCCACUUCAUGGACAGCUUCCACCUGAUGAACAAAAGAAAGUCUUUCAGCCUCUUCCAGAUGGAGUAAGGAAAAUAGUUUUUGCCACAAACUGUGCAGAAACCUCCAUUACAAUUGAUGGCAUUAAGUAUGUUAUAGACACAGGUGUGGCCAAAGAAAUGAAAUAUGAUCCCAAGAAAAACAUCAAUCUUCUGGGGACACACGUCAUCAGCAAAAGCUCCGCUGACCAGAGGAAAGGCAGAGCUGGACGUACUGUCAAUGGCAAGUGCUACAGGCUCUGCACUGAAGAGAGCUACCACUCCAUGGCCACCAUCAGUGAUCCAGAAAUUCUUCGAGUCCACCUGGGUCAAGCUGUCCUGAAACUUGCAGAACUUGGCACUGACUUUACCAAGUAUGAGUUUGUUCAGCCCCCCAGCAAGGAGGCCAUUGACUCAGCUUUGACCCUUCUGCACCAGCUUGGGGCAUUGAACUCAAGUGGAAUAACAGACAUUGGGAGAUGGAUUUCAAAGUUACCCUUUGACCCCAGACAAGGCUACCUAAUCUUCCAAGGAGACAGAGAAAACUUACUGUAUGACUCUUUAGUUGUGGCAGCUCUGAUAACCCAUGGGACAAAUCUGUUUUACAGGGGCCUAGCAGAGUCUGAACAGCAGAAAUCAUCCCAGAAAAAAAAUCUCUUCAGUUCUGAGUUUGGUGAUAUAUUUACACACUUGCAAGUUUACAAACAGUGUGAAAAGCUUGAUAAAUCUGGACAGUCCAAAUGGUGUAGAGAAAACAGCAUUAAUUAUAAAAUCUUUAAAUUUGUCAAGCAAUGUGUUGGUGAAGUGUCUUCUGUAUUGAAAAAAGAACUUGGUACUUCCAUGGAUUAUGUUUUCAAUGAAGAUAAGGCAACUCUCAAUGCUUUGAGAAAAAUGAUCUUUCUGUCUUACCUCCCUUCACUGAGUCAUUAUCUGGGUCAUAUCAAAGCUGGAUAUUUUGUACCUUUGGUAGAAAGACAAGUACAUUUUCAUCCAUCCUCUAGUCUGGUGUCCCAAAAUGCCCAACCAGAAUGGGUAGUGUACACAGAGUUGACUAAAACUUCCAGAGAUUUGAUCAAAGGAAUGACAGUGGUUGAUGAAGACUGGGUCACUGAGGCCAUUGCCAGCCAAAAAAUUUCCCUCAACCUGCAGAGUGUCAGGGAGAGAAGGAUCAAAGUUGUGCACAAAGAGGAAGUUGGAAGGUUUAUAUUUCAAAAGAUUGUUGGUCCAAGGUACAGUAAUCUGCGCCAGUUGGAAAAUGAGUUGCUUGAAGAAGGAAUGGCCAACAUUGUUGUAGAAGCUGACAGAGAACUGGGGACCAUUGAGAUCUACUCUACAUCUACAAUGAAGAAGGAGGCCCUUAAAAAAAUAAUGAGAUCAAAAUAUGAUCUAAGAACAGUUUUGACAUUGGAGGAAGAGGAGUUACCACUUUUGAGAGUAGAUCACGGAGAACCUGAAUGUGGGUUUCGAGUCAUUCUUGGUCAAGGGGGAGAAGUCAAUCUUCUGCUCAUGCCUGACCAAAGCACUGAAGUCCUGGUCACAAACUGUACUCACAACACCACAGAGGAAAUGAUCAGGGCCAAGUUUGAAUGUUUUGGAGCAAUAAAAGAAAUAAUAUCCUUUAGAAAAUCGGAGCCCUGGGGUUUUGUUAGAUACAGCUCACCAGCUGAAGCAGAGAGAGCUGUUGAAGGUACACAGAAGGAUGAGACACAUGUUGGUAAACUAAAAACUCAACAGAAGAAAAAGAGAAAUUAUUCUGCUAAACUUUCCUGGUGCAGAAGACCCAUUAAACCACCUGGGACUGCCUUUAUAGUGUGUCCAGCGGUGGAGAAAGCAGGAUUGGUUGGACGCUACUUAUCUCUGCCUACUGGAAUGUUUGAAAUUCAAAUUUCCAAAAAUGAGAAUGACUUAAUGUGCUUUAAAACAGGGUCAGCAAGUGAAACUGAGAUCAAAAGUGCAGUUUUACAUUUACUGGAUAAUAGGGAAUACUUAGAAAAACAAAUACGUGUAAGCCUAGUCCGCAAUAAAGUCAAUGCCCCAACCAACAUUGAAAUGUCCUGCUACAAACAACAAUUGGUUGAAGAAUUUGAAAAAUAUAUCUCUCGACAUAAAUUUGAACUGGAUUUGAUACUACCAAAAGAGAACCAUGUUGAUCAUAUUGGUUUCAUUCAAUUUGAUGACCCAGUAGCUGGACUGGCUGCUUGUGAUUCUGUAAGAGGAUGCACAAUUUUUGGCAGCUCUAUUCAAAUCCACCUAAACCUCAAGACCACUUUUCAUGUACCCCAGUUCAUCAUGAGAGUCUCAGAAAAUCAGCUGGAUGAAAUUCGUGAAGGUUUGCAGAAGUACAAGCAGAUUGUGGUGUCCAAACGAAUCAUAAAAAACAAGAACUUUAUCAUUGAAGUAUCAUCAGAGAAAGCUCAUGAGAUAGCUGAAGCUAGAGACUUGAUACAGAAGGUGCUGGAAGGUGAGAUCAUCCAGUGUGGUGAGGAUAAUCUAUUAAAAAAACUUCUCAAUCGUGAGGGGAAAGCAUUUUUACGUGAAAUACAACAAUCUUUAUCAACUGUCAUAGUCAUUGAUGAACGCAGAGAAAAACUUCAUCUCUAUGGAAGUCCAGAAAAUAUUAGCCAGUGCAAAAUAGAGAUCAAUAAAUAUUUGGAUAAAAUCAAUCAAGGAUACCAUAAGAUUGCCAGCUUAAAAGGGCCAGGGAAACCAGUAGGUCUAAUGAAAGCUUUGAUGGCAGAGUUCCAAAAUCUCCGUGAUGACCUUGUUGAAACGUUUUCUCUUAGUGAUGUCAUUAUAAAUUUCAAACUGCAAGAACUGUCACUUAUUGGGGAUAGAGAGUCUGUAGACAAGGCGUUGGCGAGAAUAGCUGAGGUGGAAGCUUCCCUGGCUAGAAAUCCUGGCAUUGAUGGGGAUAAAGUUUUACCAGAUUGCGGCAUAUGCCUGAGUCCAGUAGACACAGCAGAAGAUCUGUACAGGCUUGAGGGCUUUGGGCAUGGCUACUGCCUGGGCUGUCUCAGGCUCCAGCUUGACGAUGCUCUGGGGGAAAACAAAUUCCCAGUAAAAUGUGAACGUCAGACAUGUGGUCUGCCUUUGGUUUGGAGAGAUUUCCAGUUUAUGGUCAAGAGAAAGUGGGUAAACAAAGCAAAACUGCUGCAAAGGUCUCUGAACGCAUUGGUUUCUCUGAAUCCCAGCAAGUACAAAUUCUGCUUGACCCCCAACUGUCCUAUCGUGUAUGAGGUGACUACCUGUGAAGAGGGCAAUGAGUUUACCUGCCCAUCCUGCUCUGUCAGCCUGUGCACCUCCUGCCACACAGUGUACCAUGCAGGUCUCACCUGUAAAAUGGCUGCAACCACAAAGGAAGCAGAUUUAAAUAUAGACCAAUGGAUACGAGCUGACCCCAACAACAGAAAGCACUGUCCCAAAUGUACAACUGUGAUAGAAAAAAGUGAAGGAUGCAAUAAGAUGCAUUGCAGUGGGUGUAAAAUCUACUUCUGUUGGAUUUGUUUGGCAGAUUUUCAAUCAGGGCAAGAAUGUUACGCUCAUCUGGUUAAAAAGCAUGGUGGUUUUUUUGAUUAAUUAAAAAAUUAAGCUAUAUUUACCUUUGGAUUUUUCUAUAGGCAAUGCUUCCAUGCUUUAAAUACUUAUUUAAUUUGAUUUUUAUGCAAUGUUUGUUUUAAGCUUUAAAUUAAACCUUCAAAUUAAAACUAUCAGCAAUGGUUUGGUGUAAGCAGAGAAGGACAAGAACUUCCUUUACAAUUAAGAGCAACAAUAUACAGCAUAAUAAAAAGACUUGAAAGAUUAUAAAAAAAAUUUGGCUAAAAUGUCUGUGUUGGAAAAAGAAGUUUGUAUCAUUAAUGUGGCUUAAGCUAAGUAAUGUUCAGAAAGCAUUUUUAACCAUUUUUUUUACUUCUGUUAGACAUUCAGAUUUUGUUUUAUGUGUCGACUAAUUUGCUAAUAAAAUGUAAUCCACACUGUAACCUGUAUAAUCUCAGUCCUUUAAAUGAAGAGGAUCACAAGAAAAUACAUUAUAAUAAUUAUAGACAAUCAUAAAAUUAGCUUUUUGUAAAAAAAGUUUUCCUUCAUAGGUAGUAUGCUUAAAUCAACCUUUACUAUAUAUAUAAGCGGCUAGGUAGUGUGUCAGUACGUCAUGGCUAUAGAUUUUGGAACCAUAAAAGUAGACAGCAGCAUGCAGUGCUUUUCAGUGCAUCGCAGUGUCUUAUUAUAAGUAAUAGAGUAGGUUUUUUUUAUAUAUAACGACGUAAAGUUAUUUUAUAGUUGCCACUGUUUUUACAAGCUUUUAUUUAACUCACUUCCUCGUCGGUCUGUCUGUCUAGACGGAAACACAGGAGUGAAAAUUCGGACAGUUCUACUUGACCGAUACGAUUCACAGUUGGCACGUGGGUCAAGACGUGAAGACAAUGCAAUCUAAAACUAAAUUUGACUUAAUUGGAUGCCUAAUUAAUUUUUUAUGAAUUAAUAAAAAUUUGAACCGAAUUAGUAGGCAUGUCUAGCCAACCACACCACACGCGUC